AUGUCUACUCGUGUGACCCGCAGCUCAGCAGGAAGGGAACCAAGUUCGUUGGCUUCGGAUAAGGAAAAUCAUGAGCACCAGCUUUCAAGUCCGCCUGCGACGCCUGCGUCAUCAAAGGUCAACGCGCAGGCUAGCACUGGGAGCAAAGCGACAGUGAAGAAAACGACGCCAGAAGUGAAAGUAGAAGCCAACGAAGCUACAGGAAUGCCCGUCUCAGCCACUAAUUCUCAACCACCAAAGAGGGAAGCAGCCAAGAAGGAACAGACUCUCGAGACAAAGUCAGAACACGAAGGGCCAGCGCUCCCGGCAAGCAUAUCAAGGAAGCGUAAGAGAGCUGCUGCGGCGCCCAAAGUUGAGGACCAUCCCGAUGAGCUACCGCACAACAUGGGGAAGCGACCCUCAGCAAAGAGUCACCAACUAAAGGAUGAGGCUGCGCAAGAAAAUGCAGCGUCCGCAAAGACUGGAACCCCGAUAAAAUCCGCAGUGAAGAAAAGCAAGCCUGAGGAUGCUAUAUCCAUGGUCGAAGCCGCUAGUACCAUCGACGCAUCUGAAGAGUCGCCGAAAAAGAAAGCCAAAAAAGUCGAUCACUUCCCGUGCAGUGAUCCCUAUCCUGACUGGGCACAUCCAACACCAGAGGAGUGCCAAGUCGUCCAUGAUCUCCUUAUGAAUGCGUUUCCCAAGGAUCAGCACUCCAGGUUCAUCCAGCCGGACACCGUUCCACCCCCCUCGGAAUUUGUUGCUGGGUGCGGCGAAGUGCCUACAAUUCUCGACGCCAUGCUCCGUACCCUGCUCAGUGCGGCUACGUCUAAGCGCAAUUCCAGCAGCGCCUUCCAGGGUCUUGUGAAGCGAUUCGGCCUUCAAGAGUCGGGUCCCUGCAAUGGCAGUGUCGAUUGGACUGCCAUACGUCAUGCCACCAUAGACGACGUCUUUCAAGCCAUCAAGACCGGCGGUCUGGCAAAAAAUAAGAGUAAAAACAUGAAAGCUAUACUCGAUAUGGUCUACUCGGAGAACGAAGGACGGUGCGAAGCUCAUACCAAAGUCAUCGAAAACGAUGACCCCUCUGCUGCACCGGAAGGCGCAGAUCCAAUGAACCUUGCACAGAUGAAAGGCGAGAUUGAUCUUUUCGAAAGACGCAUCCUAACGCUCGAUUACUAUCAUCUCCUUUCCAAAGAUGAUGCUCUCAUGGCCAUGCAAAAGUACCCCGGUAUUGGUGUGAAGACUGCCGCCUGCGUUGCCUUAUUUUGUAUGCAGAAGCCAUGCUUUGCCGUCGACACUCACGUCUUCCGUCUGUGCAGGUAUCUCGGGUGGGUGCCGCCUAAAGAUGAAGAGGUCGGUCCAGGAGAGAGGAAGAGACCCGAGGUGAACGAAGUGAACACAUUCAAGCACUGCGAGUUUCGGAUUCCGGAGAACCUCAAGUAUGGCCUACAUCAGCUCUUUUGGGAUCAUGGAAACCACUGUGGAAGGUGCAGAGCUAUCACCGGUGAGACCAGUGAAGGAUGGGCUGAUGCCAACUGUCCGAUCGAGCAUUUGGUUAAGAGGUACGGCGAGAAAAAGGGAGGCCUGGCUAGCCCUGUGAAGAAAGGCGGAACCGCGACGAAAGGAAAGGGGAGGAACAAAUUGGACAGCGACGGCGAUGACGAGGACAUGGAAGAUGUUGGGAACGAGGAAAUGGAGCUUGGCAAAGAUGAGGAUGACUACAGCCCUACGAAAGGUCAAAAGAAAACGAAGGCUGACCCCGCGACAAAUCCCGCGAAGCUUGCGAAAGUGAAAGCCACUGAAGCAAUCAAGGCAGGAAAAGCUGGUGAAGCUAAAGCUGGAAAGGCGGUGAAACCAGCCGGGGUCACGAAGGCAGCGAAAGCGAGCAAGGCCAACUCUGGGAAGAAAGGGGCAAAACGAAGAAAGGCGGUGGAAAGUGAUGAGGACAGGAAGGCUGCGACAGAUGCCGAGGUGGACGACGACAGUUGA